ACCUUAUGAAUGGAGGCAUGCAGCAGUAAGACCUCGCUGCUUCUUCAUUCGCCGUUGCGAACGAUUCCGAAACUUCGACUAUGUGCCAGUAUAAGCAGUGAAGAUGUUGCACAUGGUCGGUGCAGUCUCACUGAUCAACACUUGCAAAUCGAAGGAAAGAACUAUUCGAAAACGACAUUUGAUCAUAUCUUUAGAACAGAUGCUACACAGGAUGAUAUGUAUACGGCAUUUCUAUCGGAUACAAUAAAUUCAGUAUUCGCUGGAAAUGAUGCAACAGUUUUAGCAAUGGGAGCUAAAACUAAUGGAAAAGACGAACGUCUCUACGGGAACAGCGUUUCAAGAAACGGGUUGGUUCAAAUGGCCAUCACUCAAUUAAUGAAUGCCCUUGAUGAUAACAAAGAUUCGGAAGAACGAAUACAAGUUCGAAUGUCUGCAAUUAUGGUGUCACAAAAUGAAUCUUCAAUAGUCGAUUUGUUAAGUCCAUUCAAUCCAGAUCCACGUCACCGAGUGGUUAAAAUAGUGGAUGAUGCUCGAACAGGAGUAUUUAUCGAUAAUGAGAGUGAAAUUCGUGUCGAGACCAUUGAUCAGGCAUUAUUUUAUUUGAAUACUGCAGUGGAUCAUCGAAUGAUUCAAGACGAGCAUACCCAUCGAACAAGCCACGUGUUCAUAUCACUAAGCUUGUAUUCGUAUAAAAUGGGUGACAAAAUGCAAGGAGGACGUCGUCGACUUUGUUUCUUGGAUAUGGGAAUUGGUGAGAGAAAUUCAACAAAUGGAGGAAUGACAAUGCCAGCAUUAGGGAGUAUUCUUUUGGCAAUGGUUCAAAGAAAUAAACAUAUUCCAUCAAGGGACUCGUCAGUGUGUCAACUCAUCCGAUGUGCAUUGAGUACGUCAAGAUUCACGACGUUCGUUUUUUCAUUUGGUGCCAAGAGUGACGAUAACGAGAACAUUGCACAUUUGGCUUGUAAAAUCGCAAGGACUCGAGCAAAGAGUAUGGUUGGACAUGGAAGGAAGUCAUCAGGGACAAUGUCAACUGGAACAAUGGAAUCAAAUUCUUCAUCAUGUGGAACAACUACAAUCACACCGGGAGGCACUCCUAGAACACAACGAAGAUUUGAAUUAGAAUCCGGAUCAGAGCUAAGUGCAGCUGAAACUGUGAUAUUCUUGGGUCCGAAUUCCUCAAGAACAGCAUCACCAGCUUCCACAACAAUGCCAUUUACACCUACAUCGAUACGACCUCUUCAUCGAACGACACGAAAUCACAGCGGAGUCGAGGCGUUGAGCAAGCCGUUGAGUGUUGAGACAAAGAGCUCUCCAACACACAACUGCCACGACGGUUGUAUUCAUUCAAUCCCUCCCAUGCUCCGUGGACACACGCCAUUCCUCUCUGCAUCACUGAAACUGUACGACGAGUUGUGCUCUCCGCCAAGUUCAUCUCGAGCAUCUCCAGCUCCUCCAGCAGCGUUCGGUGGUAAAACUUCAGAGAAACGCGAAGACUUUGGUAUCAUGAUUGCCCAACCAAGUAUUCCUCUAAUGAAAGCUAAAUCUAAGUAUAACUUGGACGAUGGUAAAAUGAAACAAAUAAUGCAAUGGAUGGAAACAUCAGAAGCACCUCCGAUCCUCUUUUCAUCUCCUUGCUAUGAGAAUUCAGCCACAAGUGUUGAAGAACUCCGUGAAUGUGUUGGAAUUCUUUCUCAUCCUUUAGAAGAUAUUAUUGAACAGGAAGAAGAAUCAAUGCGAACUUCAACAGCAACAACAGGCGGGUCUAAAAAAGAUCAUCCUCUUCGAAUUUUGAGCAAACAGGAUCUAAACGUAGAACCAGAGAUAAAAGAUAAACAAGAAGAAAACGAACUGGAACUCGUGAUGGCUGCUUCUCUAUCUUCAAUGCGUUCUCAUGAUAUUCUAGCAAAGUUGGAAGCGAUGCGAAACGCCCAAAAUGGAAACUCUGUUCAAAAUAUUGGAAAUUCUCAAUCAAAUACUGAUAUGGAUGUUUCUGAAAUGGAUGUUUACCGGAGAGCAAGCCAUUUGGAAGAAUAUGCAAUGCAAAGAGUUCGAGAAAUUGAGGAAAAUAAAUUGAAGAAUAAGAAGAAAAUUAAAUUAGGAUUGAACUGUUGUCAGCAGCAAAGCAUGAUUUCAUCGGGCAGUACUGUUGUUGAUUGGAGCCAAAUUGAACGAAAAAAAGAAAAAGAGCGAGAAGUUCAUGAAGAAGAAAUGCGAAAAGAAAUGUUAAGAGAACGGCGAGCGAAACUAAAAAUCACCGAACUUGAAAUCAAACGAGAACGUAAUUUAAUUGACAAAGAACUUGAUGAUAAAAAGGGAAUUGCCAAUUCAAUUGCACGUCAACUCCAACACUUCUCUCUAUCACCAUGUCGUGGAGGACGUACUCAUCGAUCAGUGUCCACACAUCGAAUUGAUCCACCAAAUGCUUCUCUUCCUUCUACUCCAACUAUGUCACAUAAAAAGGUUAUCGGAGGAAGUUUAGCUAAACUCUCAGCGUCAGGAGCAUCUGGAUCUACUGGAGCUCCACCAUCUCCUGCUCUUGGGUACCAUCAGAGCUUACCAAGACACUCGAAACUUCCAACAUCAGUCAAUGGGCGACGUGCUUCUGCAGAAAGAGAAAGAAAAUCAAAUAAGGCCUCAAGAAAUUCCUGUUCCAAAGAAAGAAAGAUCAGUGGAAGUAAAGAAGAACUCCAAUGGAGAAGUCCUUAUGCUCAAAUGACGUCACCGAAAUCAUAUGGUGGACCUGGUACCUCAUCAUCAGGAAGAGGGUCUAGUGCCCCUGGCUCUGAUUUUGAAACUCCAGUGGUUUCUACAACUGAAAAAUCUGCAAAUGGAACAAUUCCGAGAUCGAAGAGACAAAGCUAUUCGGCUUCAUCUGGAUACGAGUCAGCAAAUGAUUAUCAUAUUUAUUCAACGACAAACAAGAAACCUCACAUUCUUGACAAAAAACGAAACGAAGAAAAACUUUCACUUGUACGGCAGGCCGAUGAGAUUCGUCAUCGACAGUGGCAACUGAAAAAAGAACUCGAAGAAGCGAAAAGAGCUAUUGGACAGGAAGAUGAUGCAAAAAUGAUCGCGAAUUCAAGUGACCAGAGACUAAACGGGUUAAGUCGAACGACAAUGAUUGAUGCGAUGCUUCAAGAAAAUCGAAUUCUUGAGAAGCGGCUAGUUGCAUGUCGAAAUCAUUCAAUGCUGGUUACCACUUUCAUUUAGAUCAUUUCUUCUUCUUCCAUUUACAAAUCCCCCCGAAUCAACCAGGUGUUCUCUUUUCCCCAGUAUUUCAUUGUUUCCAAACCGAUCAAUAAUCAUUUUAUGUGAUUGUAUGUGCAUAAGUUGAAUCAAAUUGUAUUGAUAUAAAUGUUAUCAAAUUUACUUGGUAAUUAAUAAACAAGUAUACAACUUUGAA